CUGGGGUAGCAGGAUGUGCGAAAGAGAGCGCUAGACAGAUAAACAGACAGGAAGACUGGCAGAACUUGGGCUAAAUCAAGACGAGUGCGGUGAGAGAAACGGAGGUUUACGCAUGACGCCUUAAACCAAGAGGCUGUUUAAAUGACUUUGUGGCUUGAAUCUGAAGAAUAACACAGCAAACCCUACGUGGAUGUACGCGUGAUCGUGAAUAUACUCGAUCAGAGCGAGGAUGUCCGUCAGCUCCCCGAGCAGCAGUGACGCGUGCCUGAGCAUCGUCCACAGUCUGAUGUGCCACCGGCAGGGCGGCGAGAACGAAGGCUUCGCCAAGCGCGCCAUCGAGAGCCUGGUGAAGAAACUGAAGGAGAAGAAGGAUGAGCUGGACUCGCUCAUAACGGCCAUCACCACUAAUGGCGUCCACCCCAGCAAAUGUGUCACCAUCCAGAGGACGCUGGACGGCCGGCUGCAGGUGGCAGGGCGCAAAGGCUUCCCUCAUGUCAUAUACGCUCGGCUGUGGCGCUGGCCGGACCUCCACAAGAACGAGCUCAAACACGUCAAGUUCUGCCAGUAUGCCUUCGAUCUCAAGUACGACAACGUGUGCGUGAACCCCUACCACUAUGAACGGGUGGUGUCUCCAGGCAUUGUUGGACUGAGUUUGCAGACCACAGCAGGUAGGCCAAUAAAGGAAGAAUAUAUCCCCGACUGUAUCCAGAUGGAGGGGUCGUCCAGAAUGUCCUCCCAGCAGGAGCUCCCUGGCCCAGACCACUACAGCCAACAGCUGCCCCCACUCCAGCUGCCCUCAGAGCCCCAUCAUCACCCCGCUCCCUCAGUGACCCUCUACCCUAGUCUGCCCCUCUCCCCACCCCCGAGCAGCGCCAGAAUGUCCCUGCCAGGAAGCCGUACCGACGGCCUACUACAGAUAGCUUCCACUCCGAGCAGGGCUGUAGCUUCCAGCUCUCCUCCCACUACUCCCACGCACACAAACACACAUGCCGCAACCUCCACCCAGCAGCCUGCCGUCAGCCAGAGUGACUACAGCAGCACCACUAAGCACACGCAAACACAGACCUCCUACCACACAACGACUUGGACAGGUACAAGCACAGCUUCCUACACACCGUUGGGGUCUCAACAGAAUGGGCGGAGUCACCAACAAACCCCUCACCAUCACACGGGUCAUUUCUGGUCUCAACAUCACACUCCAGCCUCAUACCCCCAGCCAGUUUCCAACCAUCCAGGUCCAGAAUUCUGGUGCUCGAUCUCAUACUUUGAGAUGGAUAUCCAGGUUGGGGAGAUGUUUAAGGUGCUGGCUAACUGCCCGCUGGUAACCGUAGACGGGUACGUGGAUCCAUCUGGAGGCGAUCGCUUCUGCCUGGGGCAGCUCAGCAAUGUGCACCGCACAGAAGCCAGUGAGCGAGCUCGGCUCCACAUUGGGAAGGGCGUGCAGCUGGAGUGCCGUGGUGAGGGAGACGUGUGGAUGCGCUGUCUCAGCGACCAUGCUGUGUUCGUGCAGAGCUACUACCUGGACCGGGAGGCGGGGAGGGCGCCUGGGGACGCCGUUCACAAGAUCUACCCUGGAGCUUACGUCAAGGUGUUUGACCUGCGUCAGUGCCACAGGCAGAUGCAGCAGCAGGCGGCCACUGCCCAGGCAGCAGCUGCAGCCCAGGCGGCAGCAGUGGCGGGGAACAUCCCCGGGCCGGGCAGCGUGGGGGGCAUAGCCCCCGCCAUCAGUUUCUCCGCUGCUGCAGGCAUUGGCGUGGACGACUUGCGGCGCCUCUGCAUCUUGCGUCUGAGCUUCGUGAAGGGCUGGGGCCCGGACUACCCACGCCACAGCAUCAAACAGACGCCCUGCUGGGUGGAGGUGCACCUCCAUCGGGCACUACAGCUGCUCGAUGAGGUGCUGCACACCAUGCCGCUCUCUGACCCGGGUCCCACCAACUGACCUGGGGAGAGAGCUUAGAAAGAGAGGGUGGUACCGUAAGCCAGCUCCCGCACUAUGGCAGGUCGGGGGGAGGGGGAGGGGUGAUGACAUGCUACAUAGCUUCUCUAGUAAAAGCAGCACCGCCUGCAUGCGCAGACAGUGACUCAUGGGAGCAGGCAAACAAACACGUGGGCUUUCCGUUGCCAUGGGCAGCAGGCUGAGUGUACCGCCACGCUGGCCCUCCUUUAUGUCACUCACAGAGCUGUUGACUCGGUAACCAGGGAAAUACUAACCAGAGAACAUGAUGUUCCAAAAGGCCAGGUGAACCUGCUGCCAUUGGAGGUGCCUGUUGCAUGGUGCUUAUAAGAGGGCACUGAAGCUUGAGGAGCAUCUUGACUGGAACUCAUGAGUCAUGUGGCAUUCGUGGCCCAGGAUAGGCUUCAAAAUAUUGAGUCAUGCUGUAAUAGCAGUGAUGUCACAGACACUUUGAUUAAUAUAAACUCAGUUUGAUAAGGGAUUGACAAUCCUCCUGUUUUGGGGAAAUGUACAGUACUGCCACAGUGCCUUCUUGUAAACAUAAGACUUUAUUUUAUUAAAGAGGUAGUCAGUUUUCUCUAAAACCAUAACCAAAAAGCCAAAUCAAAUAACCACACAAGAAAUGCAAAUAGUUAAUAAUAUACUGUGCAAAAUAUGGGUCUGCAUCUUUUAUUAAAUAAUAUUGCAGUACUACAAGGCACUAUUUAAAUGUCCAGUAUCGCGAAGUCAGCCUCUCUAGACUGAAUAGAAAGAAGACAACAAAGGUUCAGUAACCUUACUCACCAAAGGUCUGUUGUACAGUGUCAUACUAGCAAAUGUUUUCAGUGCUUCUAACAAUGGAGGACACUGCACUGAAUUACAUGGUGCGGCCCUUUCAUGGUGUGGCUCCAACCAACUGGAUUCACUACAACCCCCACUGCCCCAUGUGCUGCUGGGAUAGGCUCCAGCCAUGUACGACCCUGAACUGGAUUCAGCAGUUUAGGAGAUUAAUGAAUUAAUUAACGAAUGAUUCAAUUAGUUAACUAGAAUACUAGAAGUUUCAGACCAUGUGAUUCUCUCAGGUGUAUAGAGAACGGCCCUGGUUUUCUAUUUUACAGGUCGUUCAGAUGUAUGCAUCGGAUUCAGUAAACCUUUACCACAGAUCACAACAAGGCCAAAGUGAAUUUAAAAAUGUUUCCUUUAAAAAAAAGGGGAUCGUAAUUGUCAUUCAAAGAUAUCAGUUGCUAUAUUUACAAUGAUUGUACAAUAACUGUUUAACUUUGCACAGCUUCUGGACUAUAAGCAACAUCAGAAUUUAUUAUUAUACCAUAAGAAUAUGUUCUGUAGAUUUCAAAUCCAUACAGAUUUUUGUUUGCCAUCAUUUAUAGUCAUGUUUAUGGCAUGUUUAGUUAACCUUGCUGAUGGCAUUAGCACUGAGGAAGAUAUCAUCCCUGAGUGGCUGUCAUUUAAGCUGUCCUACCAAAAAUAAAAAAUGUUGCAUUUUUGAA